AAGGUCCCCAUUCCCGGACUGUGAGAGCAGGGUGCGAGGCUGGGGAGGAUUCUGGGGCAGGACCGUCGGUCGGUCGGGGUUCUUAGAAAGGGAGAUGAGUUUUCACCGUAACUGGGGCUCAUGCAGGAAGCCUGAGGGAGCAGGAGGCGGAAACGCACCCACAUCAAGGGUGGCAGGGCGGGGUGGUGGGGCACAGGGGCGAGUGGGUAAGGGGCUGCAGGGUGCGAGGUCUGCUCUUCUGUCCCUCCCAAGACCCACACACAGGCAUGAGGGGUCCCCGGCCGAGAUGACAGUGCUGGUACCAGCCUGGAGUCCAAAUCCCUCCCUGCUGCUGCUGCUGUUGCUGCUGAGUCCUUGUCUGCGGGGGACACCUGACUGCUACUUCAGCCACAGUCCUAUCUCCUCCAACUUCCACUUGAGGAUCAGCAAGCUGACUGACUACUUGCUUAAAGAUUACCCAGUCACUGUGGCCAUCAACCUUCAGGACGAGAAACACUGCAAGGCCUUGUGGAGCCUCUUCCUGGCCCAGCGCUGGAUGGAGCAGCUGAAGACUGUGGCAGGGUCUGAGAUGCAAACACUCCUGGAGGAUGUCAACACGGAGAUACAUUUUGUCACCUCAUGUGCCUUCCGGCCUCUACCGGAAUGUCUUCGCUUCGUCCAGACCAACAUCUCCCACCUCCUGCAGGACACCUGGACGCAGCUGUUGGCUCUGAAGCUCUGCAUGGGGAAGGCCUGCCAGAAUUUUUCUCGGUGCCUAGAGGUGCAGUGCCAGCCAGAGUCCUCUACCCUGCUACCCCCAAAGAAUCCUGUAGCCCUAGAAGCCACUGGGCGUCCAGAGCCUCCGUCCAGUCAUCUGUUUUUCCUGCUGCUGCUGCUGCCUCUCACACUCGUUCUGCUGGCAACUGCCUGGUACCUUCACUGUCAGAGGGCAAAAUGGAGGAGGGCAGUGCACCACCCUGGGAGGAGGAUACUGAGGCAAAGCAGGACUCACCUGACAGACGCCGCACAGCCUGGACACAGGGAAAGCUGGGUGGAGGUUGGCCCCCUCUUGGACUGCGCGGCCACUCCAGCUCUCUCCCCAGGAUGGAGUCAACAUCAGAAUCCAGCAAAAGCCCCACUCACCCCACUCUGUACAAAGGCCUUGCCCCCAUUAACUUGUAUAUAAAUGGUUUUUACAAGCUCUUCCGGACCUGUCUGUGGAUGGGACAAGGGGUGGGGGGGCUAUUUUAGGUUUCAGGAUUUUGCGGUGCUUGGUGAUGUAAUCCCAUCUCUCCAGAAGCUGAGGCAGUUAUCUCAGGCUUAAGACCAGUCUGAAUUUCAGAAAUCCUACGUCAAAAGCCAAAACCAACGACAAAAGGUCCUGUUUGUUUUCUGAUGCCUCCAGUGGCCCUGCUUCGGCGCUGGGUAGUGCUCCAUAGAACCCUGAUGUGAGGCAGGAACAGCCCAGUUCCCCAAGAUCAUGACAGCAAAGUGGCAGGAAAGCCAAGUGUUGGAGACUCCAGGUAGAAUCGACUCAAGCUGGGAUGUGUCAGGGAGACUGCCAAAUCGACUUGUUUGGCUUUUUGUUUGCUUUGGGGGGCUAUAGGUGCAGAGCAGGGAGGGCAUCGCAGAUAAUGUGCACACCUAAUGCAAAGCCUUUGGAAACAGAAGCAGAUGGAUGCAGCUCAGGA